AUGGACCUGCGCAGCCUGCACGACAAUGUGCGGCGCAACGUGGCGCAGAUCGCCUCCAACCUGCGGCAGGCCAGCAGCCGCGCGGCGGAGCUGUGCCAGCAGGCGCUCAUGCCGCCGCCCGGCAACGCGCCGCUGCUCGCGUCGGUGAGCGCGCAGGCGGGUGGCGGCGCCGGGCGGCCGGCCGAAGGCGCCGCCCAGCCCCUGUUCGACCUGGGCUUCAACCCAGAGACGAUCAAGGCCCGCCUCAGCGCGGUGCCGGUCUUUGCGGUGGUCAACAACAAGAACGAGUUUGUGUUGGUGGCGGGGGAGGACCAGGCCAAGCAGCUGGGCCUCUUCUUCUUCUCAGAGCCAGAGGCUUCGGCCAUGCUGCAGACGAUCAAGGGAGCGAACCCCAAGCUGGGCAAGCAGGCCAAGGUCAUGGCAACCAGCAUGGACCGGGUGUACGAGUUUGCGGCCACCCCGCGCGGCGAGACGGGCACAGAGGGCGUGGUGUUCCGCUUUGUGCCCGACCCUCGCCAGGUGGAGUCGGCGCUGGAGCUGUACAGCCACGCCGGCGUGCCCGCCACCGGCUUCCAGGGCGUGCCGCUGUUCCAGGCGGAGGGGCUAACCAUCAGGGGGGAGAAGGAGCGGUACACCCCGCUCUUCUUCAGCAAGCAAGACCUGGACUCUGCGCUGGGUGCCGCCUUCAGCAGCAAGGACGCGGCGGCGCUGGCAGAGGCGCGGGCCAAGGCAGAGCGGGCGCGCGGCGAGCUGCAGGCGGCGGAGGGGGAGGUGGCGGCGGCGGCGGCGGAGCGGGGCCGCAAGGCGGCGCAGCGCAAGGCGGGGCAAGCUAAGGAGCGGCUGCAGAAGUACGAGCAGCGCAUUGCAGAGGCAGCCACGAACAAGAAGCUGCCGCGGGUGGAUGUGGGGUCUCUGGAGGAGGUGAUUGGGCGCAUGGAGCGCGACGACCGGGGCGAGUGGUCGGACGUCGUGUUUGUGCCGCCCCGCUCCGUGGCGGCCCAGUAG